CAGAUCCUGGUGCAAACUCCCAAUUCUACAAGUGAAACAAGACCCUAUUGAGCAAACUACAAUAUGCCUCCCUACUCCCGUGAAGAGAGAGACAGGGUGACGGAAGAGUUCCAUAAGCUUAACAAGAACUAUGAUGAUUUUAUCGAUUAUGAUGAGCUCAAGGCUGCUAUAGAAGAAGGGCGCAUAAAUUUGACCGAAGAAGAUAUCAAUAAUCACAUCCAAAAGCUGGACUGGAACGGCGAUGGCAAAAUUUCAUUCGGCGAGUUUCUCGCAGCAUAUGGUAAACGGUCGGAGAGCAACAACUAGGGGUUUAAGGAACUAGACGUAAUAUCGAAUCUCGUGAUAAUAGAUUUCCAGACAAGCCUGUUUAUUAUCUGGAGUUGAGCAGUCAAGUUGCAUAACAGCCUUAGGGUACAUGCGCAAUCGUCGAAUAAUUUAGUUGCAAUGUCAAGUCUACAUAUAAUGUCGAUGGCGACGUGACCGGCCAUCAGCUGUCUACUAAUCGUCUACGUCAAAACAGUGCUCUGCGCUGCCUGGCAAUCAUUUGUGUAGUUGUCUUCGGUCAAUCUGAUAGUGACCCUCGCGCUCAUGACUAUCUGGUUUGUCGUUAUAGAUGACAGUUUACUGUAAUUUAGGAGGUAUGGG